GCGGGGUCGUUUGGUUUCCUGGGCAGCUGGAUUUCCUUCAGGCUUCGGAAGCGGAGCGGAGCGGUGCGAAGAUCGAGAUCGGGGGCGGGCAGAAGCGACAGCGUGGUGGCUGCCAGCGCUGGAGGGAAUUCUGGUUCGAGGACAGACCGACUGACUGCUUUCUUUCUCUUUAACGAUUGCAGCAAGCGCUAGCAGCGCGGGCAUUUGUCACUUCCCAACAAAACUUCAAAACCCAACGACUUGUUCCGCUUCCAGCAUCCUCCGUUAUCCUUAACCAGCCGGUGAAACCCAGACCUGUGCAGCUGGGGCAGACCUUUUCUGAUGCCAUGGGAACUAUGCCAUGAGGACUGGUAAGACUUGGCCGUAGCCAUGACGGAGCCCCACAGGGUUUCGUUCACCACUCUCCACGGUCCUCUGAGCAGCAGCUUCUUGAAGAGGUCUCGGAAAGACGAUGGAGAGCAGCCCCAGGACUCUGAACCGGCUGCAACAGCCGUUCGAAUCACACUCACUCUCUUUGAGCCAGACCAUAAACGUUGUCCGGAAUUUUUCUACCCAGAUCUUCUGAAGAGUUGUCGAGGGAAAGUAAAAGGUGGUUCUUCAGGUGACAAGAAGAAGGACCCUGCUGAUCCCUUUAAUGAUGACGAAAAGGAAAGGCAUAAAGUGGAGGCUCUUGCUAGGAAAUUUGAAGAAAAAUACGGUGGCAAGAGACGCAGAAAGGACCGUAUUCAGGACUUGAUUGAUAUGGGGUAUGGAUAUGACGAAUCGGACUCCUUUAUCGAUAAUUCUGAAGCGUACGAUGAGCUCGUUCCGGCUUCUCUUACUACGAAGUAUGGAGGGUUUUACAUCAACUCAGGAACACUGCAGUUUCGGCAGGCAUCUGAAUCUGAAGAUGACUAUGUUAAAGAGAAGAAGAAGAAGUGUCCCAAGAAGCGGAAGUUGAAAGAUGGAGGUGAAAAAAUGAAGAAGAAGAAGAAAGAUGAUUCUUAUGAUAAGGAAAAGAAAUCCAAAAAGUCCAAGUUUCCAAAAGCUGGCUUUACAGCAUUAAAUGCAAGUAAGGAGAAGAAGAAGAAGAAAUACUCUGGUGCUCUUAGUGUCAAGGAGAUGCUGAAGAAGUUCCAGAAGGAGAAGGAUGCUCAGAAGAGAAAAGAUGAAGAGCAGAAAGCAGCGACUCCUUCACCGGCAGAAGCUCCAGCCCCAAGGGAGGCAGAGGCGAUGCCUGACCCUUUGCUCUCGCUCUUUGGCCAUGCCAGUGAUAACGACUUGCUUCAGGCCGCAACAGCUAUGGACUCGUUAACUGACUUGGACCUGGAGCGGCUCCUCAGCGAAUCCCCAGAAGGGAGUCCCUUUCCUGAUGUGGAGGAUGGGAGUGAUCCUAUUGGGAUGGGCUUGGAACAGGAUUUCAAGCAACCGCCAUCCCUCCCAGAAGGCCUGCCAGCCCCCUUGGAGAAACGCAUCAAAGAACUGGCUCAGGCUGCCAGAGCUGCAGAGGGAGAAGGCAAACAGCGAUUCUUCACUCAGGAUAUCAACAACAUCAUACUGGACAUAGAGCUGCAGACCCGGGAGCUGAACAGCCAAAUCCGCUCAGGGGUGUAUGCCCACCUGGCUGCUUUCUUCCCAUGCAGUAAGGACACUCUGGUCAAGCGUGCCCGUAAGCUUUAUCUCUACGAGCAGGGUGGCCGAUUGAAGGAACCCCUGCAGAAGCUAAAGGAAGCCAUUGGAAGGGCCAUGCCAGAGCAGAUGGCCAAGUACCAGGAGGAAUGCCAAGCCCACACUCAGGCCAAGUUUGCCAAGAUGCUGGAAGAGGAAAAAGACAAAGACCAACGAGAUCGAGUUUGUUCUGAUGAUGAGGAGGACGAAGAAAAGGGAGGGAAGCGCGUCAUGGGACCACGAAAAAAAUUUCAAUGGAAUGAUGAAAUCAGGGAGCUGCUUUGCCACUUGGUGAAGAUUAAGUUGGAUGGUUAUGACCUUGACAAGAAUAAGGCUCAGUCUCUAGAGGAUUAUGUGAAGACCUUCCUAGAUGGAGAGGUGAAGCCCCUUUGGCCAAAAGGCUGGAUGCAGGCCAGGACACUGUUUAAGGAGAGCAGGCGUGUACACGGACACCUCACAUCAGUCCUGGCGAAGAAGAAAGUUAUAGCUCCUACUAAGGUGAAAGUGAAGGAAUCUUCCUGCAAGCCAGAUAAAAAGGUUUCAGUUUCUGUUCCUUCAGUGCACUCAAGCAGCACCUUAGCUCUGUCUUCAGAGCCCCAGGGAGGAGCUCUGGGCAUCAGUGCCCAAACCAGAGAACUCUUGUCCCUUGGGACAGCCCAAGCAGCCAGCAGCACUGGCGCUCCUGCUACCUUCAUGGAUGACUCCUUGGAUGAGGACUUAAUUCAUAAUCCCACGUCCUCCCUCGAAGCAGUCUCUAAGGAACUGGCUGUGCUGAACAGCAGAGCGGGAGGGAGCCCUGACUUCACUCUUCCUGGAGCUUCAAAAGCUCCACCAGAGAAGAUCCCAACUCUUGCAUCCUCAGAGGAGAAGAGGACAUUUCCAAAGUCCAACCCUUCCCCUACAUCAUCCUCUGGUUCCCUCCAGUCUCCUCUCAAUUUCCUGGCUGAGCAGGCCCUGGCACUGGGCCAAUCUUCUCAAGAUAAAAAGGCAGAGAACUCUAAUUACAAAGAGCUCUCCUGCCAAGCCUCCCCCAGCAAAAUCCUUCCUGAUGCACACCAGGCUAAACAGAAACACCACAGCCUGGUCCGGCCAAGCCACGGGCCUCAGACCUCCACCCCAGUGCCGGGGUCUCAGGUGAAGGUCUUUCACUCAGGCAGCCAGCUACAGAAAACUUUCACCUCCCCGGCUCCGUUUGUCAAACUCCAGAAUCCCAAGUCCUCCUCCCCACUGCCCCAACGUUCCCUCCUCCAGCAGGUCAAGUCAUCAACCAAAGCUCAGAGCUUCCAUUCCUCUGCAUCACCAGGCAGCACCCAAAACUCUGGCAGCUCCCACAAGAGCCCAGGCUCAUCCUCAUCAUCCCUCAGCUACACAGGAAAGCACUCGAGUGGCUCCAGCUCUUCAGGACAAUCUUACAAGUCGCCCUUCGUUUCUGGUUCCCUCUCCAAGCAUGGGGCUUCUUCUAGCAGCUCUUCAUCUGGAGCUUCUGCAAACCAGGGCUGCUCCUCUGGGAGCUUGCUGCCCGGUGUGCAGAACCCUUCCUUGGGCCAGGCAUCCAGCCGCCCGUCCUCCAGCUCCUCGGUGAAGAAGACUCCUGUUUCGCAGAAGCUGACUCUGGUGGCACCUCCUGGAGGUUCAAACGGAGAUUCUAGUGGGGGCACUCAAGGAGUGGCCAAAUUGCUGACCUCCUCCCUAAAGCCAGCUGUUGUUAGCAGCACCGCAUCUUCUACCUCUGUGCCGAAAGGAACUAGUGGAGCUGUGCUGCUAACGAGUUCUUCCUCCUUAAGUGUACUGGCUCCAUCCUACAAGUCCAGCAAUCCAAAGCUGCCAGCUGCCCUGAGCUCCACCCCACUAGGUAUUAUCUCUCCUAUUCAUUCCUUCCCUCUUCAUGUCAUCUCCUUCAGUUCAGACUCCUCCCCAAAAGCAGGAGUAUCAAAGGAUGCAAUAGUGACGGGACCUGCUCCAGGAACUUUCCACCAUGGCCUUGGCCACAGUCUUCUAGCUGGCUUGCACUCCAGCCCCCACCACGCAGCGCCACUCCCACAUUCUGCCCUGUCCACUCAUUUACCGCAAAGUUUGCCAGAUGCUUCUCAGCUUCACGGCAAAGGGUCCAAUGCACAGCAGCGCAAGUUGUGACGUCUGCAAGGAGGGGAGCUAGAGCACACAUAGGAUAAAACCAAGAGGAACAGGUCAUGAACUUUUGGAUACCGGCUGUGUCUUUUUUUUUUUUUUUUUUUUAAAUUUUUCUUUUUUUUAUAUUUUUAAUCUCAUGACAACUGGAGAGACUGAACCGCAGUGAGGAGCUCAUUGGUGCGUUUGCUCAGAGGCUUUCAGAGCGAAGCCCCACACAAAGGGCCACCUUGAGCCAUGCCCUAAUGAGCGAAGCAUUUUGUAGCACUGUUUUAUUGCUGCUGCCCUUCGCAUUCCCGGGCACUGGCAGGAGCUAGAAGUUGCAGGGAGACUCGGGUGGCUUGGCUUUCUUGCAGGGGAUCCCCACCCACCUGUGUCCGUGUCUGCCAAGUACCUCCAAGUCCAGUUGCCUCCUUGGUCUCCCAGUGGAGGGUAGGAAAGGUGCUUCUUUCUUCUGCUUUGGAUUUACUUGGAUAAUUCUAGCACUGCCAGUGCUUUCUGAAGACAUUUGACUAACUUUUCAAUUGUACUAUAAAACUGUGCUACAGUUAAUCGGAGGACUUAACGUUUCCUGUGUGGUGAAUCUAACGAACCACCUGAUGUUCCCCUCUGGAGGAGAAGGAAGACUCUUUAGAGAGACAUUUUUAGAUGCAGUCAUUGACUUUGAGAAUUCGACUUCUUUCGGGUUUUGGAUUAUUUUUUUUCCUCCUGCUCAGUUUUAUCCUCAUUACCAUUGAAUGCAUUGGAUUGAAUGGGACACCUCUCGGCAUGUCACAUGUAUAGGAAGACAUAAUUCCAGUGCCUUUUAUGGUGGAGCAAGAAUGGACUAGUGACACACAUUUCAGCCCUGUUUUGUGUGCUCCUCAACCCUUUUUUAAUCAUUCUGUAUUUAAAAUGUAUUCUGUUUUAUUUAAUAGAGCUUUUUAUGGUUGCACAUCAAAAAAAAAAAAAAGCUGCACUGUCUGGACUUCAAUGGUGUCUCGGUGACUGUGAACACAGUACCAAAUCCAGCAAGAGCACCAGUUCUUAUCCGAGUUUGUGCAGACGGGUUCCAGACCCUCCCCUAAAGCCAUUCUUUCCUAGGGUCGUCAGUUAUGAUCUCUUCGGUGGGCAGAGGGAAUGAUCUAGAUUAACCAAGGUCACUACUAGUCAAACAAAUUCCAGAGAAUAAUGUUGCUCUCCUCGAUGAUUUCUGCACUAGGAUCAUGUGCUCGUCACAGCUGCAGGAAUGGGGACCAUCUAGAAUUGGGGUGUGUCUUGUCUUUUUAAUUUUUUUAACUCUUAGACCUAAAUCCUUCUCUAAGCUAAGGGCAGGCUGUGGGUUCCAACUGAGCUUUAUGGGCUUUGAUUUUCUGCUCUUCCCCCAGCCUGCCUUUUCUCAGGCCCCCGCAGCCACAUCUGGAUCGUGCAGUGGAAGGGCUGAUCCACAUAGGCUUUACUGGUAGUUCAGGCAAAAGCCUGCAGCCUUCCUUCGCGAGCUUUGGGGAAGGAUGCUGACACUGAGUGUACCAGCGAAUAUCUGCUUUAGUUUUUCCCCAUUUUUGGUCAGAUCCAAGAUGGACUGUUUUCAAUUUGAGCUGAUGCGUAAUUUCCCAAAAUCAGUGCAUUGUUUGUAUUUAAAAAAAAAAAAUGAAAUGCAGCUCAGAUUUAACAUUUGUUUACAGAAAAUACCUAGGUUGUAGCAAAAGAGCCAAAGACAGAACUUGUGUUAUUAAAACUAAGCACAGCGGUUACGGAUGGACUCUGAGCAGUGGAUGUCGCAUGGUUCCCGUUGAAGGCCUAAUCCUGAGAGGUACUUUGCACCCUCAACUUCCCAUGGUAGCUGAAAGAGGGGUCAAACGCCCGGCAGGCUCGGGAUGCUCAGCGAGUGACUCGAGGUACUGGUUCUACUCCCUCUCUUUGCUUUCACUUGAAUGCUUCUGCUGGGAAGCACCCGUGUGCGUGGCCAGAGCAGAAUGCCCUCCUUCUAGGAAUUUAGCGAAGCCUCUUGCCUCAGGGAAAUGUUUAUUUGGCGGAAAUUCUGUGGGAUAUUUUUUUUCUUUACAUGCUAUAAUGAAUGAGUGAAUGGUACGGAGCAGAGUCGCAGCAAGGCAGAACCACGCAGAGACCUGACAGCUGACGGGGAGCCAGGGGUCUGGCAUCUCUGCCUUGACGGGGCAACUUGCAACGCUUUCGUGACGGUGUGGGGAGGCGAGGCUCCCAUGGCACUUACGUAGUAUGGCAGUUCCUUUCGGGUGUAAGAGCUGCGGUUUAUUAUUUUUUUUAUUUUUUUUUUUUUGUGUGUGUUGGGACUGUCUUGCUGAAGAUAGUGGGGGUGGUAUAAAAACUGUUA